UGUCCCUUUCUCUCUCUCUUCCUCCGCUGAGAAGGAACGCCAUCAUGUCGUCUCACCUGCAGUGGAUGGUAAUCAGGAACAACUCCAGUUUCCUCAUCAAGAGGAACGGACAGACCUACAGCACUGAGCCAAACAACCUGAAAGCCAGGAAUGCUUUCCGUUUCAAUGGUCUCGUUCACCGCAAGACUGUUGGAAUUGAGCAGGCUGCUGAUGGCAAGGGCAUAGUCGUCAUCCUAAAGAAACGUGCAGGUCACCGUAAACCUGUUAAACUGUACGAGAAGAUUACAAUCAACAAGAACUCUCGCACCACACUCAACCGCUUGAGAAACAUCAUUCGCAAAAACAACUACAGGAAGGAUCUCCGUAUGGCUGCUCUGAGGCGUGCUAGUGCCAUUCUGAGGAGUCAGAAACCCGUAGUGGUGAAGAAGAAGCGUUCCAGAGCCACCAAGAGCGCAUAAAUGCACACUUCACACUCAGUCUGACUUAAUAAAAUGUUUUGGUCAAAUA